GUCACAGAAAGUGCUGAAUAGCUCUCAUCACCACAGCACAAGCCUCCAACCGAACCUUUGGACACCGCCGCCUACCAUGCCCCGAUCCAACCUCGCAUUCUACCUUCACGGCCUCCUCGCCAUCCCGCCCUUUUUCAACUUUUUCGCCCUCUCCUUUAACCCGGACCGACUCGCUCGCUCGCAGACCGGUCACAUCCUCCGCAAUUAUGCCUUUUUGCUCCUGUCCACGUCCGUCGUCACCUUUGUCCACCUCGCCAACCAGACACUAGGGGUCGAACAGAGGGUAAAGGACGGCAGGAUGGCCUUGGCCUUGUCGAUCUAUCACGUAGCUCCGAUCUGGAGGGCGAUCGCGAGGAUUACGGGUGGAGAGGCCGUCUGGACGAAAGAGAUGGGCGGGCCUGGGGUGCAUCUCGGAACGCAUCUGGUCGUCAUGGCCGUCUUGCUCAAAAAGGGGUUGAUGAUGGAUUAGACCACGAGCAAGAGGGAUCAAAGGAUGCCAUCGUUAUUCGUAAAUAUAUACCUUGCACGUCUCGUAAAAAAGAGCAAUCUCAAGAACUCAUAUCCGAUCCUCUAUCAAUCUCGAACCCAGACCACCGGAAUCCUCUAUCAACUCGUCUCCCCAGCCU